AUGCAGCUCAGAAAUGGAUCUGGGGCCCUCUACUACAACAACGAGGGAACAGACCCAGCCCCUGACAGGGCAGUGACAACCACAGCGCAAAGAGGAGGUCCUGCUCAAUAUCCAGUGCAGGCUCUGGUCACAACACCAGUCACACCUCCUAUCAAGGGAAAUAACAUCCAGCAUAUACUGAGGAAAGAGGCAACAGAAAUUACAGUGUUUGGAUUUUAUGCUUUUUUUUCAGGUGUCUUCAGUCAAGGAGUUCAGAUUGACUGUGGUGAGUUCCAGGACCCCAAGGUCCACUGCACUCGAGAAUCUAAUCCCCACUGUGGUUCUGAUGGCCGGACAUAUGGCAAUAAAUGUACCUUCUGUAAGGCAGUGGUGAAAAGUGGUGGGAAGCUCAACCUAAAGCACCAUGGAAAAUGCUGA